AUGGAUCUAGGUGCUAUUGCAACUCCGCAGUCACUAUGGCUCGUCCUUCUCCUCUUCCUCAUCAUCGUGUACCUCGCGACGUCGAGUUCUAGAGCAGAGAAGCUGUACAGCAAGCUCCCAUCGCCUCCAUUCAAGCUCCCCUUGAUCGGGCACCUCCACCUCGUCGGGUCUCUGCCCCACGUCGCCCUCCGCGACCUGGCAACGAAGCACGGCCCCGACGUGAUGCUCAUCCGCCUGGGCGUCGUCCCCACGCUCGUCGUCUCGUCGCCUCGCGCUGCCAAAGCCGUCCUACGCACGUACGACCACCUGUUCGCGUCCCGGCCGCACUCCCCCGUGGGCGACAUCCUCUUCAGUGGCUCCACCAACAUAGCCUUCGCCCCCUACGGCGACUACUGGCGCCAGUUAAGGAAGAUCGUCACCACCCACCUCCUCAGCGCCAGGAAGGUCCGCUCCAACCGCGCUGCCCGUGAGACAGAGUUGCGGCUCGUCCUGGCCAGGGUAAAGGCCGCGACAGCCGCGAGCUCGGCGGUGGACGUCAGCGAGGUCUUCAGCUACUUCGCCAACGACGUGAUAUGCCAGGCCGUGCUUGGCAGGCUGCCCCGGGAGGCGGGCCGGAACAAGAUGUUCCGGGAGCUGCUGGAGAUUAACUCCAAGCUCCUAGGUGGGUUUAUACUCACCGACUUCUUCCCCAGCCUUGCAAGGCUGGACAUGGCGUCCGGCAAGGCGGUGAAACAGAAGAAAAUAUGGGACGACCUGCUGGACGACCUCAUCGACAAGCACGCGAGCAAGACGGUGAUGGACGAGGACGAGCAAGACUUUAUCGACGUCUUGCUCUCCGUUCAACAAGACUACGGCUUGACCAAAGAUAACAUCAAGGCAAUACUCAUGGACAUGUUUGAAGCUGGGACAGACACAACGUACGUAUCGCUCGACUACGCCAUGGCUGAGCUGAUGCGGAACCCACGUGCGAUGACCAAGCUGCAAGCCGAGGUGAGGAGCUGCGUCACCAAGGGCAAAGAAAUGGUCACCGAGGAAGACCUUGCAAGCAUGAGCUACCUCAAGGCCGUGAUGAAGGAGGCAAUGCGUCUGCACCCGUCGGGGGCUCUCUUGAUACCCCACCUCUCCGUAGCCGACUGCGAGGUAGAGGGCUACGCCAUACCCUCCGGGACGCGCUUAAUGGUCAACGCGUGGGCUCUAGGCAGGGACCCCACCUGCUGGGAGAAUGCGGAGGAGUUCAUGCCCGAGCGGUUCUUGGAAGGAGCCAUGGAUGCCGCUUGCGACUUCCAGGGGAACGACUUCCGUUUCUUGCCGUUUGGGUCUGGCCGAAGGAUAUGCCCGGGCAUAACCUUCGCCGCCGUCACAUUCGAGAUCAUUCUCGCCAACCUCAUCUACCACUUCAACUGGGAGCUGCCGGAGGGAUCCCCGGGCGUCGAUAUGACGGAGGAAUACGGGAUCGAUGUGCAUCGGAAGGUGAAGCUGCUUCUUGUCCCACGCAUGGUCUAG